AUGUUUCCAUCGAACGAAUAUGAACGGAAGUUUUUGGCUCAACACAAUCCAGGAACUUCCCCUCAGAAGACUCAAGGGACUGCGAAUCGUAUGACUCCAACUAAAUAUCGCCCCGAUGGCGGUGAUCGUUACAUACCUAUUCGGCAGACUAAUGCCGAGUGGUCAGUAAGAUUUGCUGCAAUUGCAACAUCAUCGCCGGAUGCACCUAAUUGCCAUAAAAGACCGCAAGGAGCAACGACGACAACCCCUAACAACAAUGGAAGUUCAGCUAACUCUCAAAUGGGUCCAACAACUAAUGUUGCUGAUGAUUCACGCUUAGAUUCCGCAGCUCAUCGAGCAUUAUUGAGAAACGAACUUUUGAGCGAUAAUAUUGAUGACAUCAGGACGGAUCUUGACGGUUACGAUACUGGUCGUCUCCGCGAUAGUCCUGGUUGUGGUUUGUUCAGAUUCGGGCAGAGAACCCCCACUAAGUAUGGAGAUGCGUCGACAAGUCAUGCUUCUCGUUUCUUAUUGGGCGGGCCACCGUUAAGUGAAGGCAGUCAGCGUCUUCUAAAAUCACCUCGUAAACCGCAGCGUAAAGUACCCAAAAAUCCAUAUAAAGUUUUGGAUGCACCUGAAUUGCAAGAUGAUUUUUAUCUGGAUUUAGUUGACUGGUCAUCACAAAAUAUGUUAUCGGUUGGAUUACAUACUUGUGUGUAUCUUUGGAGCGCAUGUAACAGCCAGGUUGUAAAACUGUGUGAUCUUGCCACAGACAGCGAUAGUGUCACAUCUGUUCAAUGGGCUGACAAGGGAGAUUUAUUGGCUGUUGGAACCAACAAAGGCAUUACUCAAAUUUGGGAUGUUCAUGGUCAAAAAAAGAUCCACGAGCUUACCGGGCAUUCCUCAAGGAUUGGUUGCUUAGCUUGGAACUCUGAUUUAAUUUGUUCAGGCUCCAGAGAUCGUUUCAUUAUACAAAGAGAUAUUCGGCUGCCUGCGCAAUGUGCAGAACGAAGACUUAACGCUCAUCGGCAAGAAGUAUGUGGUUUGAAGUGGUCUCCAGACAGACAGUAUUUGGCUUCUGGUGGUAACGAUAACCAAGUUUUAGUAUGGAGCUUGAGGAGAAAUGACCCGUUUCAAGUGUAUACGGAACAUAACGCUGCAGUAAAAGCGCUUGCUUGGUCUCCACAUCACCAUGGUCUACUUGUUUCUGGUGGGGGCACUGCUGAUCGUUGUCUCCGUUUCUGGAACACACUGACUGGCCAGUCCUUGCAUUGUAUUGACACUGGUAGUCAGGUGUGCAAUGUAGCAUGGUCGAAACAUAGCUCAGAGCUAGUGUCAACACAUGGUUAUUCGUAUAACCAAGUCAUUAUAUGGAAAUACCCUUCUUUGCAACCAGUUACUAAACUAACUGGACACCAGUAUAGAGUACUUUAUUUGGCUAUGUCUCCAGAUGGUGAAUCAAUCGUAACAGGUGCUGGAGAUGAAACUUUACGCUUUUGGCAUGUGUUUAGUAAAGCUGGACAGCAAAAAGUUGUUCGCUCAAAGUUGAAUCUGUUAUCAAGUAUUCGCUGA